UUGGCUACCUACGAUCGUUGGAUUCGACUUGCGGAUGUCCCCACUGUCAGAUUACCACUUUUCAUAUCGAUCAUUCAUACUCAUUUACCGGUCGGUGUGAAGUUGACAGUGAAGGAACAUGAGAAAACGGACGAAGACUAUAGAUAUAUUCCGGAUUUGUUGUUGAAACAACGUCAAGAGGAACUGAAAAGUUUGGACGACCCAAUGGUACGGAGGAAUCUUGGUUGGGAGUAG